AUGCCUAUCUGCAUCGAGUGUUCCUAUCCAGUUUCUCAUCUAUACAGUGCCUAUAGCCGUGCCGAUGAUCGGUCCCAGGGUAAAGGGGUCCGGCUGACCCAAUGUCCGCGGUGCCAACGGUUUGCCGACAAGUAUGUUGAGUACGACUUUGUUGUACUCUUCAUUGAUCUAGUGCUUAUCAAACCUCAGGUGUACCGACACCUUCUCUUCAAUCGACUUGGGCGAGACGAUAAUCAAUUCGAUCGCUCAAUUAUCCGCCUGGGAGUUCUGCUCCUUCUCUUCGAUGUCUAUCUGACUUGGGCGCGUAUUGAGAAAGACCCAUCGCUUGCGACAACGUUCCUAUCGCGCGCUCCAAUCAUCGUCCAAUAUCUGUUCUUCUUGAGCCUGAACGCCGCCGCGACGCUAGCGCACCACCUCACCGUUCGCCUGCUGGCCUCGAUCCUGGUCCCGAAGUCUUGCCGCUACAAUAGGCCAGAUACCAGCAAUAAUGCCAAUCCCAGCACACUCCACACAGGAGACGGGCCUCCGCACCCGUCAGGUCCAUCUACACCAACAAUGCGACCAUCGCCUUCUGCAACGCCUCUGACCGCGCAGUCGCAGAAUCCCACCAAUCCUCCUACAAGUCCACUCAAGCCAAAUCCGACCCCGGCCCCGUAUCCAGAGGUGGCAUCCGUGCCAGAUCCGUCUCCCACGCCGCAAGCUACCGCAAUGGCACCGCCUCGACCUGCGCCGCCUCUUCGCCGAACAUCCACUGCUCCACUGCAAAAUAUCCAGUCACUGCCCCCUCCAACUGCGGCAAGUCCCGCGGCAAUCAGCACCGCUUUGCUAGUGAGCAGCUGCGCCAAACUAUUCCCUAUCCUCCUAGUGAUAUGGGGUGCCGACGGUAGCGGUAGCCUCUCCGAUAAUCCCGCUCACCGUCUGCCGGGAUCGCAAGUCAGAACUCCAAGGCAGCCGGCCACGAUGCCGAGCGCAGUCCACGAGACUCUUUUUGCAACAGUACGCAGUACACCCGCUCUUUCUUCGGCUGCUACCAUUUCUUCCCGCAUUUCAGAGACAGUCCAUUCUGCGUCGUCUCAAGAUUCAUGGCUUUCGGCUACGGCUUCGUUGCUUUGGAACUCCGGGCCAACCAGUUACUUAACUGGUCUUUUUGAUCUGCUUGCUUCCCUUCUUUCGCUUGGUGUGGUUGACACGCAUCUUGUACUGCUAAGCAAUAUCGUGGCAUUGUACAUACUUUUGGGAUGCGGAUAUGUACGUGCUGUAGUUAUUGCGGUCGCCGGCCAGGUCGCUCGUUGGGCGGUCCAAAAGGUGAUUUUGGGCGCUGUUGGCGUCGGCUGA